AGUAGUUGCUGAAGCUCUAACUGUCAGUAGUUUUCAUGGCGAGAGGAUCGUGAGUAACGUUACAAGAAGUCUAGUCAGUGGCAUGUGUUUACUUAAAAAGUCUUCAUCAGUUAAACGAUGAAGAAGAGGUUUAACAUCAACCUGGAAGACUCUGCUUUCACCAAAGAAACAACACCGCUAAAGCCGCAGUUUCAGCCUUCAUCCAAAGGAGGACAAAACACCUCAGCCUCAACUUCAUCUUCAGCAGAGCGUGCAUCUGAGCCCGUGGACCAGCCCUUGUCAUAUGCACAAUAUAUCGUCCAGAAUAAAAGCAAUGUGGCUGCUCUUCCUCAGAGAGGGGGUCCCUCCAAAAUGCCCAGGACUGAAGGUGCUGGAGUUACAAAUGUGAAGCAAAGUGAGUCAGAUUCAGUGUCGGCUGCCCCAGGAGGAUGUGAAACGGCUCAGGACUGUGCUAAAGGGACUGAAGGUGGAUCUGAAAGGCUUAAGAGGAGUGAGGAGACACAGGUGGCUGGCACAGACGAAAAAGAGGGGAACUGUCAAAGGUCAGAUCCAAGCCUCAGCCUGGGUCCAAAAUCUGUGGUGUUUGGGAGCAGCAUUAUUGUCAGUCCUAGACAGAGGGGAAAUCCCAUUCUGAAGUUUGUGAGGAGUGUCCCUUGGGAGUUUGGAGAUGUUGUACCAGAUUAUGUCUUAGGCCAGACAACGUGUGCUCUCUUCCUCAGUCUGAGAUAUCACAAUCUCAAUCCAAACUAUAUCCACGACCGUCUCAAGCUGCUUGGACAGACUUUCACCCUGCGAGUGUUACUGGUACAAGUAGAUGUGAAAGAUCCUCAUCACACGUUGAAGGAGCUGGCUCGAAUCUGCAUCAUGGCUGAUUGCACUCUCAUCUUGGCUUGGAGUCCAGAGGAGGCAGGACGUUACCUAGAAACGUAUAAGUCAUAUGAAAAGAAACCAGCAGACGUACUGAAGGAGCAAGUUGAAAAAGACUUUCUGUCAAAGGUUACAGAUUGCCUGACCACUGUGAAGUCUAUAAACAAGACAGAUGCCAUUACCUUGCUGUCCACUUUCUCAUCUGUAGAAGGAAUCAUCAGUGCUUCUAAGGAAGACUUGGUCCUCUGUCCAGGCCUUGGACCACAGAAAGCGAGGCGACUCUAUGAUGUGCUGCAUAAGCCCUUCCUCAAGUCGAAGACAAAAGACAGCUGAAACUUCUCACCAAGGAUGUGACCUGCUUCUGAAAAGAACUCCUUAAAGUUCGUCAUCAUGUUGAAAAGAAUACAAACACACUUCAGUGGACUGAAUUAAAUACAAUAAACACUUACUGAUGUGAAGUAAGAAAUGUGUAAAAUGUGACUGCUCUCAGACUAAGAAUCAGCUAGGGGUGUUUUAAGAAUUUAAGAUGUGAACUCUUCAGCUGUUAGCGCUGCACCCUGAUUAAAUGCUUUAUUGAGUUAUGGUGUGAAAUCUUUUGUUCAUUGUUGAAUUCAUUUUAUAUGAAAAAAUAAAUAUUUUGUAAUAUUUUUA